UAAAUGGGAAGCUUUAAAUUAAAUUCAAAUUCACUAUAAGUAAUACUUUUUCGUACACUCUCAACCGGUGGUGAAAUUAACAAUGUUGAGCCGCCAUCUCCCAGAAGAAAUGGUGACUGAAAUUCUGUCGAGGCUGCCGGUAAAAUCGUUGAUGCGAUUUAGGUCUGUGAGUAAAGCCUGGUAUGCUCUCAUCAGAAACCCUCAUUUCAUCACAAAGCACCACACUUUCCCCAUUUCUGAUCACAAUGGCAAUCACAGCCGUCGAGUCAUCCUUGAGCGUUACCGAGCAACAAUAGAUACCCCACGUUUCUCCAUGCACUCUAACGACACCCUGGAGUUUUCCGGCGAUAUACAUCUCAUCCCACAGUUUUUCUCAGAAGAUAUUAACCCAGUUGUUUUCGUCGGAUCCUGUAAUGGAAUAGUUUUUGUUGUUGGUAUUUCUUCAGACCGUUGCCAUGGUGGUCCUGAGCCAGAUCGGGCUUGGGAGAUAGGGCUUUUGAAUCCUGCAACCAGAGAAUCAAAGAGGCUUCCGUUCGUUCCUCGCCCGCCUGAUUUUUGCCCUAUGCUUUUCAAUUUCGGUUUCGGUAUUGAUCUCAACACCAAUGACUUCAAGGUGGUUAAAAUCAUGUACUUCGAUUCUCCGCGGCAUUACCAAGUUGAGGUAUACAACCUUACUACUGAUUCUUGGAGAGUGAUUGAUGCAUCCCUCAACUCAGCCUAUUUUAUUGCAACACCUUAUUAUCCUUCAUACUUAAAUGGAUUCUAUUAUUGGUUGAUUCGUCCUGUUCGUUCCCACAGGGGGCAUCGUUUAUUGCUUUCCUUUGAUAUGAGCAAUGAGAUGUUCCGGGAGAUAAUGUUGCCUGAUGAUACAAGAUCUCUUGUUGGCCACAUUGCCAUUAUCAAUGACUCUGUAGCUGUGAUUUUUCCUGCACAUGGUAGUAACAAUGUUGGAUUUUUAUUGGAGUAUGAAAUAUGGGUGUUGAACAAGUCUAUUGUUGAAUGUUCUUGGACAAAACUAUAUACGAUUGGAGUACCCAGUCGACCUUUACAGUUUCUGGACGACGGUUUGAUUGUGCUUAGUGGCUCCCAUUGUGAUCCACAGGAAAAAUGCUUGGUAUUGUUUGAUCCAAGAACACGAGAACUAAAGAAUCUUCCAAUAUAUGACGACGGCUCGGAAAUGUUUGAUCUGGUUAGUUACAGAGAUAGCCUAGUUUUAGUUAAUGGAUGGAGGAAUGUGCUUGAGCAACAAGGCACUCGAUGAUUAUGAUAUUGUUAUGCAUGGAUCCUUUCAUGGGGCAAUCAGUACAAGAUUCUUGAUCAUUUCAUAUACAUCACAGAUUCCAAGAGGACUAUAGAAUUACUGUGAAACUAAGGGGUUUCGGUGUUGUGAGUUGUGAUUAGUUACUGAUUCUCUUUGCCUAUUUAUUCACCAAUUAGUUCCUGUUGCUGGCAUAGUUGGAAAUAUCAAUUGUGCUCGCCAUCUAUUGGGUACUA